AUGAAGGUUUUUAGGCGUGUCCUAGGAGCUCGUCUGAAGAAAAUUGUCAGCGUUUCACUCAACCAGUGCGGUUUUGUGAAGGACUGCAGCACUAUAGAUGCUAUCCAUGCUGUCCGUAUCCUUCUGGAGAAACAUCGAGAGAAGAACCGCAGUGUGCAUGUUGCUUUUCUCGAUCUCGAGAAAGCUUUCGACCGUGUCACACAUGAGCUGUUAUGGAUGUCCACGAGGUCGCAUAGAGUACCAGAAGAAUAUGUGCGGUGGACGAAGCUGAUUUAUGCGAAGCCUACCAGCGUUGUACGAUGUGCUGCUGGAACAAGCAGACCAUUCCCUGUACAAGUAGGGGUUCAUCAGGGUUCAUCCCUCUCACCUCUGCUGUUCAUACUGUGCAUGAACACGAUAACGAAGGAAAUCCAGAAGCAGCGAAUCUAG